UGAGCCAUUUGUUUGAAAGCCAGUUCAAUAGAAUGCCGCGUAAGACGAUAGCCGUAUUUAGUGGCACCGGAGCUCAGGGUUUCAGUGUCGUGAGUGCGUUGUUGGAGCACGGUAAAUACCGCAUACGAGCUGUUGCGAAGUCCACCGAUAACAGAAAAGCGUUGAUCAUUCGAGGGAAAGGAGCCGAGUUGAUGAGGGCCAACCUCGAUAGCAUCGAGGCAUGUAAGAAAGCUGUGAAAGAUGCUCACGGUGUUUUUCUUGUGACAAAUUUCUGGGAGCAUCACGAUGAGGAAAGAGAGUAUCGGCAAGGAAAGAACGUCAUAGAUGCUUGUAUCGAAGAAGGUGUACAACAUUUAGUCUUCAGCGGCCAGGAAUAUGUCAAAAAACUACGAGGCUAUCCAUGCCCUCACUUUGACGCCAAAGGAAGAAUCGAAGAAUACAUUCAAAACAAUUUCCCGUCAACCAAGCACUGGACAAUUAUUCGAUUACCGAUUUAUUUCAACACCUUUCUGACAUCUAACAAACCUCUUCCAAGCUCAGAUGGUACGAGAAACGUCGCAAUACCCAUGGGAAAUUCUCCUUUGCCUGGAAUUGACGUGCGUGACGUAGGAAGAUGCGUCAUCACGAUUUUGGAUGAUCCAGAAACAUACGCAAAAAGAGUGCUGGGAUUAGCUGGUGGAAUCCAUACGGUGAAUGAAUAUUGCGAAAUACUCACAAAAAACCUUACUCCUCUUGUUUUCAAGGACUCGAAACAGACACUCGAACGACAUGCUAUGUUACCUUAUCCUGCUGGCGUGGAGAUGGCAAGUAUGUAUCGAUUUUAUCAAGAGGGAAUUGACUUUGAGCGAAGUGUUGAACUAACAAAGAAACUCAAUCCCAAAGUCUGCUCCUUUGAAAAGUUUGUUCAAAGUCACAAAAAAGAACUCACCGCAUUGUAGAAAAGCUUUCAUGAAAAGAUUUUAGUUACAUUUAUUAACGUUUUCGAGGCAUGGAAUGUUGUGAUUUAUUUUAGACUUUCUAACUUUGUCAGUCACGCAAGCAAAGCAGUGCUAAAUAAUACGAAAAAUGAAACUUUUAACUGUAGUUCAUCACUGAAGGCAAUAAAUUAAUUUAUUUAUGCAAAACACAUGUUCACUGUAAAAGAUAAAUUUAAUUAUGACUUAACUAACUUAACUAGCAAAAAUACUUAUUUAUGAACUUAGCGAUAAUUUACAGUUCUCAAUAUAUGUAAAAGGGAAAUAUAUUUUGCACUUAUUUGUUGCUAUCAGUUUUGCAUACUAUAAUUGAUGUCCUUCUAAUACAGGGACUUUAUUUGAAUGUAAAUUUGUGACAUAAAAAUAAACAUUUUUCGACUGAGAA